AUGUCCACUGCUGACACCAUCGCCAGUAUUCCUGACUCCUCUGCUGCCACUCUUACCCCCUCUGCCGCCACUUUGGUCAAUGUCUCUCAGCCCUCUGCCGACACCAGUUUGUCCAUGAACUCUGAUUCAUGCCCUUCCAACUCGUCUGGUAGUGGCAAACCUAUGGCCAACAGCAAUUCUGACCUGCGUGCAUAUAUCACUUCGCUCAACAGAGACGAAUUGUUUGAAUGGAUCACCGAUCGGAAGUUGGCGGUCAAUAUGAAGCUUGGAAAGAAGAGUUCCUCCAUUAAGAAAGACAAGCUCGUAUCAAUCAUUCUGUCUGCCGAAGCGAUCGCCCAGCCAUCUAAGGCAGAAGUUGAUGUCAUUGUGCAGCAGUGCAAGCUUAAGAAGAUGGCCACUUCAAGAGUUUGA